CGAUAUAAGGGGCAGCAAUGUCGCCUGCUCGGAGCGAGGUUUGUCAAGAUCUUGACUUUUUCGUCCGAAUCAGCAAUCUAGGGUGAAGCUGCAUCAUGUAUCGUCAAGGCUCUCUGAUCGCUGUCGCGGCGCUCGCGCGCAUGGCUGCGGCUGGUCUCUACCCCGGGAUCACAAACGAAAACCACACUUGCGUCCUUUGUAUGCAUCAUUCCACCGUAGCCAAACCAGCCAAGCUGACCACCUCCGCAGCGGAUCCUAUCCUUUCUUGCAGCAACAGGGCCGUCCCCAACAAGGUCGACACUUGCUGCACUGAGACGUUUGGUGGUCUGGUACUCCAGACGCAAUACUGGAACACUCACACCGGCCUCGAGGACCAAAACCAGCUUCUUCCCCAGCAUUCAUGGACUAUCCAUGGCUUGUGGCCUGAUUUCUGCAAUGGCUCCUAUACGCAGUACUGCGACCUGUCUCGCCAGUACGACCCUCUUCCCUAUCCCAAUACUACUACGGGAACACCGGAUGGCACGCCUGUUGUGCCCUACGACGGCGAGCCUAUCUCCGAAUGGUUCGAGCCCAACGGCAAAGCCGAUCUGUUGGAGUACAUGGAGAAGUACUGGCCCGGACUCGAUCAAUCCAGCUGGAUUCUCUGGGCCCACGAAUACAGCAAGCAUGCCACUUGCUUCUCUACCUUCCAAACCGAAUGCUACGGUCCUAACAUGCAUGUGUUGGACGAUCUGUGGGAUUACUUUGAGACCGCCGUCGCCUACUUCCGCACACUCCCCAGCUGGGGCUGGCUCGCUACCCACGACAUCAUCCCUUCCAACAGCACAUCGUACACCCUUGGUGACAUUCAGGACGCUUUGACCCAGGGCUUUGGUGAGCUGCCGUUUGUCGGCUGCGCCGGUCCUCGCUACAACGAGACCGAGGCUGGCAAGGGCUCGAUGGACAAUGGCCGCACUGAGCUCAACGAGAUCUGGUACUACUACCACGUCUACGGUGCUCCGCAGCGUGCUCAGGGGCUGCGCGUACCGGUGAUCGACAGCUUCGUCACGACCUGCGCCAAGGCUGAGAACGCCAUCAAGUACUACGAGCGCACCAAGGGCAGCGAGCAGUAGCUCGAAGGGUUCUGAAGGAAAGGGACAUGAUGAUAACAAGUGGGCACACACCAAGUAGAAAUUGUUGAUAUGAUGAAAGACCAUCGCGACACUCGCUACAGGGGGUCUGUUGCAUCG